CUAACGCAUCACGCAAUCUAUCUAGCUAAAUCCCAUUAACGUAUCAAUCCGAGUGAUCUUAAUGUAAAUAUUUACUUAUGUCAACUAUCGUUAUACUCCGAGAACAUUGAAACCAACCGAGUUAUUAAGCUGGUAAAUUUUUUUGAUUUUUCUGCAAGACGUUUAUUAAUUAUUAUUCGAAAUAAAAAUAAAGCCCGACGGGUUUUUUUUUUAAUUUUAUUUUUAUAAUUAAUUUUAUAUACUUUACACGCAACAAUGCUGUAUUUAAGUGUUUUAAAUUAUACAGCGAAAUUUCUUUAAACAUAACAAUGUUCAAGGAACCUCGAAAUUCUAAAUCGCGGUAUUAUCACAGACAUUUAUUGAAACAAUUCGACUCUAUUGAAAUAUGAGUUGUUAUCAUGUCAUUUAUACAUAUACAUAUAUAUAUAUAACAAAAUAUAUUUUGUUAUUUUUUACUAUUAUAGCACGUGUUGUCAUAGUAUAAUAUGUAAAAAAUUCUGGUGAACCGCUACAAAUCAUGACGAAAUCACCGAAAAAUCAAGUAGAUCAAGUGGUGUACGAGUUGACACAUCACGACGACACUUUGGAAAAACCGAAUUUAGACGGAGACAGGUUGAAUUUCUGGCUGUUGAUCGCGCUCUAUGUAAUACAAGGAUUUCCAAUAGGAUUGUCCGGAGCCAUUCCAAACUUACUUCAAAGUAAAUAUUCGACAGAUUAUAACGACCAAGUAAGUAGUUGAAGUUUUUAUUUAUUAUCCCUAAACAUAUUAUUUUAGGGGUUUACCAGGUUUCACGUCCAACGGUCUUUUCAUUUUAUACCCUGUUUUCUCAUAUAUUUCUAUACUUGAUUUUUUUAACGAAUUUGAGCUUAUAAGAGUAUUUAAUGAAAAUUUCAGUUUUUUUUUUUUUUUUGUCAAUUACAUCAAAAAACAAAAUAGAAAAUAAUAAGAUUCUUAAAUGAAUAUUUCAUAGUUUUUUCCAGUUUUUACAAUUAUAAGGAAAACUACUAAGAAAAUAAAAAAUCUUCCUUGAUGUAUCAACCAGAUACAUUUUUCCAUCAAAAACACUUUUCUCUUAUUUGAUAAUCGAAACGGGAUUUUCAGUACAAAAGUUGUGAAUAGGCAGAAAAUAUAUUUUUUUAAAAAGCCCGUAUUAAUACCAAUUCAUUAUCCUCGUUUCGCUCAGAUUAAAUAAUUAAUCAAGCCCAGUGUUCAAAUUCGAGGAAGAGUGAUAAUUUUAUAGAAAAUUUGGCCUAAUUUUGUUUGCUUUAAAUUAAAUGUAUGGAACGUUUACAAUUUAAAAUUGUAAACGAUUUUUCUAAAAAAUAUACAAAUACGAUAUGUAAUAUAGGAUAAAUAGAGAUAAUAACGUGGGACUAAUUGCGAUAUCGGUUGAAAAUUAUUAUUAUUUGUAUAUAUACACACAAAUCGGUAAUGUGACAGUAAUACAUAUUUGCGGGUCAGUAAGUUAAAUUUUCAAAGUUUUCAUAAAUUGUGAGCAGUUUAACGGGAGAGAAAAACAUAUAAAACGUUGUCGAUUGUAUUAAUAAUAAUUUUAGAACUAGUAACUUUAUUAAUAUUCUAAUAUGAUAUGUAACACAUGACUAUAAUCACCGUUAUAGACUGCUUAUUGUAAACAAAUUGCUUACGUCCGUUCAAGUUUCUUCGCCAAUUCGCCACGAUGUGGGCAUAUGCGUACACACUACGGUUCAAACUAAAUCCGACCGAAAUUUCCAGUCUUUGAAUAAAUAUUAGUCUACUUUAUAUGUACUCUACACGGAAAAAAAUCGAUGGCGAUAGUUUCCUACUAACGAAAAAAACAGGAAUUAAACUAUGGAAUUAAAACGAUACCGCUAUUACAAAUGACUUAACUGAAAACCUUGAGAAAUAUAAUAAAAUAAUAAUAGAACUAGCUAUUAUUAAAUUUACCUUAAUAAUCGUUUCUAGAUUCAAAUUUUUUUCUAUUGUGAUUAGGUAAAAAAUUUAAUUUAGUCUUUAAAAUGCGAAAUGACGCAAGUUAGGGUAAUCCGGAUUAUUUUGUAUAUUUUAUAACAGCAUAGUGAACACAAAAAUGUAUAAAAUAUAAUUUUGACGCACGUAUGUUAAUUUAAUUUGUUUUGUCAUCAUCUACGUUCAAUCUGUAUAAACGGAUACGAAACCUCAUUAUUCCGUCUCAUGUAUUAGUAUGUAUUUUAUUAGAUAUUUAUAAAAUUCAAGUAUAAUAACUUUAAUAUGAGAAUUUCAGGUUUUCGAAUGCAUAAAUGAACUAUUGGUAACGCCAAACAUUUGCCGUUCUUCCGAUUAUUUUUUUCCUGUUUUUUUUAAUUACCUAGUACAAAUCCCCUAAGAAAAUCAAAAAAUGACCUCAUUCAAAAAUGGUACAAAAAUGCAUCAAUUAGAUAAAAUUUCCUUUUAGAAAGAAAUAUACUUGAUAACUGAAGCAAAAUUUCUAGUAGAAAAGUUACUCAUAGACACACAAAAAAAAAAAACAUUUCGAAUCUGAAAUUAAAUAAUAUUGUGAUAACGACUAGACGGAUAGCGGAAUAUCUGUGUCUAGUGAUGGAACUUUGCUGCUCAUGAGUGUUUUUUUUUUUUGAAGCUGUAGGAUUUAAAGAAUGUGUUUUACUGGUAUCAUAUAUCCAUAAUAAAUUGAUUAUAUAAAUUAUAUUUUAGGCUAUAUUCAGUUUAGCCAUGUGGCCGUACACCGUGAAACUGCUAUGGGCUCCAAUAGUGGAUGCGCUCUACGUACGGUGCAUAGGAAGACGAAAGAGUUGGCUAUUACCACUUCAAAUUUUAAUGGGUACGUACGAAUAUUGUUAUAAUAUUAUACAGUGUGUCACGGGCAAUUUACGGAUAGUCGGAAAUCUCCGUGUUUUUAAUUUUAAAUUUAAAUCUCUGUUGUUGCACGCAGGUACAUACUGCAACUGCAUUACGUGCAUACGUCCGGGAAAUAUUGGUGGCGGCGGAAUUUUAUUAACUGUUUUGUUGACGAGACAUUAUUUAUACCGGUAAUCCAUUUUAAAUGGGUAUACUCAUUAUCUCGGAAUGUAUUAAUUUUUUCCAGAAGUUGUUUUCUAGAACAUUUAAGAAACAUGUGGCUCUACAAUUCUAUAUUAUUAUUUUUUGUCACCCUUUUUUUUUUUUUGGGAGGGGGGGUUAAACCACUAUCUACUUUUGAUUUUCAAAUGGCAACCUAUAUUGAAAACCUUAUAAGUAUAUGGAGUAUUAGUUAAAAUAAAUUUUAGUAUUGACAUUUUUGAUUUCUCUCUAGCCGUUAACGAGAUAUUCCACUUUUAAGUUUAGGCUGGAGAAGAGUAGCGGUGCAUUAUUAAUACAGCGUGCGCCGUACCGCUACAUAAAUAAUACUCCACUAGUCUCCUCCAAUCUAAACUUAAAAGUGGAAUAUUUCGUGAACGGCUUGACAGAAAUCGAAAAUCUCAACACUAACAUUUAUUUAAACUAAUACUACAUCUAUUUAUGGAAAUUUUUUUUUAUAUAUUGCAAUGUGAAAAUCAAAAGUAGGUAGUCAUUUUACUCCCAAGAAUAACAAAUAUAGAAUUGUCGAGCUGCUUGUUUUUUAAAUGUUCUAGAAAACAAAUUCCGAGAAAAAUUAACACAUUCCGAGAUAAUGAGUGUACCCACUUAAAUGGAUCAACUGGUACACAUCUUGAUUGUAUAUACUUUUAGUUCAACGUUGUCAGUUUUGCGUCGCUAAAAUGCAAUCUACAGAAAUAUAUACCUAUGUGUGAAUAAAUUACAAAAAUUUAAAUUUAAAUUUAGCUAAUAUGAGGUUAAUAAACUAAAACGUCGAAUAAAAAACCGACACGCCUAACAUGCACCAUGGAUCUACCACUGCUGUAAAUGAGAAAUUGGAAAGAUAUAUUCGGAUAUGAUAUAGAGUACCUAAGUUAUUUCAUUUAAUUUUGGCUAAACAAAUAUUGAUAAACAUCAAAUUGUUUAGUAUUUUAAUGUGCCGCAAAAAUUGUAUUCACAUAAAUCGGAAAUACCGUUGGUCCGUGAAAGGUGUAAAUCAAAUUUCUAAUUUUAAAAGAUAAUAAAAAAAAGGACAUUCUUUUGAUAUGUUUUAUAAUGCCAUAAAAUCAAUUAACGAUGAAAACAAUUUAAAAUAGCUAUAAAUAACUCAAAAAACUUUAAAAAUGUUUUGAAAAUUUGAUCACAUCUAGAAAAAAACUAAAUAAAAGACCUUCGGCUUUAAUGGUUGAAAAUUGCAGGUCUCUAAGAUUGUCUUUAAUUGAGUUAAAACGGAAAUACCAAAUUUAAAAUAAACAAAAACCGUUAUUUCGUGAAUAUUCAUUGAUGUUACGAAGACACCUAUAUAAGCAAAUUCAAAAUGAUUCUUCCCGUAUGUACCAAAAAGACAAAUUCGCUCCUAAUGUUGAUAGUUGGUUCAAGAUUUUGGUAGGAAAUUGUUUAUAGACCAAAAAACCUCACAUGAACAUCAUAGUAAAACCAAAACUUUCCUCACUAUGAUCAAAAUCAAAAAAAAAAAGAUGGUCCAAGAAUAUCUAACACAUUUGUUGGUAUUGGUGUAGGCUGCGGGGGGGAAGGGGGGUGAUAGGUCGCCUCCACCUCACUCGGUAAUUUUUAGUGGUGAUGUCUUAAUCAAGGCUAUACCCUAUAGAUAAUAAAACACAAUAGUGUUUAUACUAAUGGUGUAUUAAAAUUUUUAUACCACCCCCUUCCUUUACUGUGCUUCAGCUACGCCACUGUUUGUUGGUAUAAUAUAAGGGAAGCCGUAAAAUCUCGGGACGUAUUUGCUCGGAUUGUAUAAUUCUGGAAUAAAAGUGUAUUUUUACAGAAUGUAGAACUGUGGAAAAAGAAAAUUUGUGAACCGUAUAGUCACGGGCCAUAAAAACCUUGAAUCGAAAAACAUGCAAAACGUAUUUGUACAGAUUGUUUGUUCUUGGAUUGUAAACACGGUAUUCUAUCGGAAGUCUUAUAAACCCGAAUUGUAUGUUUUCGGGAAAAAAAAGUAUAGUCAUGGACCGUAUAAUUCCGGAACACAGAUUUUUCCGAUCCGUAAUUAAGAACUGGAUUUCGUAGAAAAAAUGUAAGUAGUUACGCGUACCGUUGCUAGUACCGAUCGCUUAUCACCAAAUCCUAUACAAACUAUCUAUAUUAUCUAAUAUCUAAUAAUAGAAUCUAUAAGACCCUCAUUAUCUCGUAAAAUAUUAACUUUUUUCGGAUUUUUUUUUUGAUGACUUAAGAAAUUAGUAGCUCUUAGGAAUUGCAUUACCAUUAUUGUAAUCGCCCUUAUUUUUUUUUUUUGCGGUUGAAAUAAAUCCUUUUGAUUUCGUAAUUGUUUUUAAUAAUAAAUAUUAAGGCUAGUUGGAGCUAGUUUUCUAAAUAUUCUCAUUUUCUCACCAAUCUACUAAAUGAUGCCCGUCAAGUUGGGUGAGGGGGGAGGGUUAAUAGCAUAAUUAGGAAGAAAUAAAAAAUAAAAAUAAACAUCAUUGUAAAACCAAAACAUUCCUCGCUCCGCUACGAAUCUAAAAACGUGGUUAAGGUAGAAAGAUAUUCAUGCGUUGUUAUAAUAUUCAUUAUAAGGUUUGGUUAUACGUACCUGGUUGUGUAGAUCCGAGAAUGCAAAAAUGGUUCAAAGGUUUUCCAACAUUCCGAGGUAAUACAGUUCGUGAUUGAUAAUUUAUUUUCCGACAAAAUACAGUUCGAGCAUUUACAAUCCCGGAACAGACAAUUCGUACAAAUACAAUUUGAAAAUAAAAACUCCGGAAACCAAUACUCCGUAUUCAAAUACAUUCCGUGUUUUUAAAUGCGUCCUAAUAUAACUUAUACUAACGGACAUUUAUUGUAUUAUUCAUUGAUUAUUUCUUAAUCCAGGGUCACUAUUACUUAUCAUGGCCUAUAACAUUUACGAUUGGCUACCCGAAUCGGCGGAGACUAAACCAAAUCUUCGAAUGCUGGUGUUCGUUGUUUUUUCCCUGAACUUUUUGUCCGCUACUCAAGACAUUGUCGUAGAUGGUUGGUCGUUGACGAUGUUGAAAAGGUGAGCACCAAAAACACUAUAAAAUUAAAAGAUUUACGAAGGUUUUUUUUUUUUUUUUUUUAUAGUAAGAACGUGAACUAUUCUUCAACGUGUAAUGCCGUAGGAGUUCCGAUAGGAAUGUUUAUCGGUUCCACUUGUUUUACUUUGGCGACAUCGGAACAAUUCAGAAAUCAACUGUUUCCGAAUUCACUGGACGCAGGAGGACUGAUGACGAUGAAAAGUAGGGGAAUAUACAUGUUUAGCAUAAUAAUAAUUGAUGUAGACCUAAACUAUAGGCCACAAAUUUUAUUUAAAAAUCGAAAACAAACAUAUCCUUUGCAUUAAAUGAAUAAAUUACAAACUAGAAAUCAUAACUAUCCAUAAAAUGUUUUGGUUUUUUUUUCACUCAAAUUUUCCAUAUACGAGUAUACAUAAGUUCUUCCAAAUUGUACAUUAAAUUAUAGUAAUUAUUUCUUUUAAAAAAUGUCUUGUGUAAAAACUUCUUAGAAUCAUAUAUUUUAAAAUUUUAAAAAUUGAAAUAAUUUGUCGUUAAUGAGAUAUUCCAAUUUUAUUUGUGUAAUCAAAAGUGCUCCACUACUCUACCCCUACUAGAAACUAAAAGUAGAAUAUUUCGUAAAAGAGUUAAUGAAUAUUAAAAUGUACAUAUUAAAAUUUUAUUUUUUUUAUUUAUGAAAUGUUUAGUAUAGGUAUUUAGGUCGAUAUUUAAAAAUCAAAAGUGUGUAGUGUUUUAUCACAAAAAAUAAAGGUGACAACAAAUAACAGUAAGGUAUUAUUUUAGAACAUAUGAUUCUAAAAAUUGUUUACACGAGUGAUUUAUUUAAAUAAUAAGUAUUUUAUGGACAAGUAAACUGUAACAUGAAAUUUAAAAGACCUGUAUGACAUCAUCGAUCGGCAAAAUUUGAAUAUCGCAUAGAUAUAUUAUGAAAACGUAGACACGUAGUCGACCUCUUAUUUACAUUAUACGACACAGGCUUACAGAGUGUUUAAAUAUUUUAAUUCAUACAAAUAAUUUAUUGAAAUUAAAUUGUAUUUUUCGUUUUGAUUUGUUUAGGUUUUUUGUAUAUUUGGGCCGUCAUCGUCUUUUUCACGACAAUAUUCGUCGGCAAGUUUAAAAAAGAAAAAGACAUCGGAGAAGACGGCUCUAAAAAUUUGAGCGUUUUUAAAAAUUAUGUAUUGCUGUACAAUAUUUUAAAACUUCCUCGAAUUAAAGUAUUGGCAAUAGCUUUGCUGACAAUCAGGGUGAAUAUCUAUUAAGCAUUGUUUCAUUUGACCUUGUUGGUUACAUAUCGAUCGUGGACAACUUUUACGAUAAUAGUUUUAAUAGUUUUACAAUUGAUAAACCAAAUUUAAAUUAAUAUCUGAUUAUAAAUUGAAUAGCUAUCUGAAUAUCUUUUUAGCAUCAGCAAAACCCAGAUUCAACUAUAAACCACAUUUUAAUUUAAUACAAAAUUCAACACAAAUAAUAAGAAUAAUAUAUUAAAAUUAUUGUUUAAAACCACUUUAGUAUUAUGGGAUUUAAUUUUAAGAUUAAAAUAUCAAAUUGAAAAUCUAAAAUAAAAUAAUUUAAUCUAAUAAUACAGUACGAAAUUGUAGUACUUUCGUUCUACGUCUUCAAUAUAAUGAUACACGUAUCUAUAUUAAUCUUAAAAAAAAAAAAAAAAAACAGCUAAAUAUUAUACAUAAUACUUAAAACAACACGAAACAGUGUUGAAACAAUAUAUCAUACAUCUAUGCUAAUCUUAAAAUAAUAUUAAAAAAAAAAAAAAAACAUGUACAAUCGUAAAUAAAACACUUUUGUCGAGGACUUAAUAAAAUAAAUUUAAAGAACAUAAAUCCCAUCACACAGAAUGAACCAAUGAGUUUCAUAUAAUAAUUAAAUUGAAAUUUACUUAAUAUUUUCUGCAUAACCUUACAUAGAGAUGCAGGUGGUAUAAUUCAUUAGAAGAAUAAAAAUUAUUUCUUAACAUUUUCUAUUUUAAUUUUAGAUAGGAUUUAUUGCAACGGAGUGUGUUUCACAUUUAAAAAUAUUAGAAGCUGGCUUAUCUAAUGAUGCUUUCAUGAUAAUGCAAUCAUUGAUGUAUUUAGCUAAGUUUGGUACGUCAGUUUUUGCAUCCAAAUACAUUACGGGUUCAAAGCCGAUGAGUUAUUAUUUGAAAGUGACUCCCAUCAGGUAAAGUAAAUAAAAAAAUAAUCAAUAAAUUGAAUGGUAUAUACUUUAGAUGUCAUACUCUAGAUCAGUGGUUUUCAAUCUUUUUGUGAAGCGCAAUCAUCUUGUUUUUUUUUUUUUUUUUGUAAAGUGACCUCUUCAUAAAUUUAAUAUAUGAAUUAUAAACCACGGAUGCCCGGAGGGGCAGGGUAAGAUGGGGUAUCUGCCCCCUCUGGACUUCAAAAUUUUAAAUAUAAUUUUAUUUUUAAGUUUUUUUGGUGUUUUAUUUUAAAUUUCCCCUCUGGAAUUUUGUUUGCUACCCCCCCCCCCUGUUAAAUGUAAGUAAAUUAAUAAAAUUAAAUUCUACAGAUAAAUAAAAAAAGGUCAUUACUAUAAUUUUAGUAAUGCCCUCUCAAAAUUCAACACUAACCUUCCCUGAUAAUUUUCACCUUGCGACCGUUCUAGGUCAUAAUUUCCCAAUUUUAGAAACCACUGUUCUAGAUAAUAACGUUUUCUCAAUAAGUUUUACGUGAAAAUGCUUUUGAACUGAUUCCAUAAUUACACAAUAAAUACUUGAGAUAUCUUAAUUUUAUAAUCAGAUUGUCAUAUGUUAUAAGUGAAAGUUUUAACGAACAUUUUUAUAGAUUAGGCGCCUGUGUUGUUUACACUAUAUUAGUUUAUUACACGCCAAGUUUGAUACAAAAUAACGGAGUUACUAAUGUGCCGAUAUACUAUUACAUAGUGUUAGGAUUAGUAAUUUUAGUAAACGAAGUAAGUUUAUGGGUGUUUGUAUUAUUGAAAUAUAUUUUCUUAUAUUGAUUUAACUAAAGUAAAAAUCAUUCUUUUAAUUUUUAGAUGCUGAAUUUCUUUAUGCUCCUGGCUGUAUUCGCAUUUUUCAGCCAAAUAAGUGAUCCCCGUUUUGGCGGGACGUACAUGACAUUAUUUAAUACCAUUUUUUUCGUGGGCUGGAUAAUACCGAAUACUAUUGUUUAUAAAAUGGUUUCCAUUCUCACAUUUAAUCGGUGUUCAAAAUAUCCCGAGAACUGUAAUUCAACUGUUGAUUCAAUAGACGUAAGACCUUUUAUAUUUUACAAUUGAUUCACCAAAUUUAAUAUAAUAACUGACUAUAAAUUAAAUAGCUAUCUGAAUAUUAUUUAAGUGUCAGCAAAACAUAGGUCCAACUAAAAACCACAUUUUAAUUUAAUUCAAAAUUCAACACAAAUAAUACGAUUAAUAUAUUCAAAUUGUUGUUUAAAACCACUUUGGUGUUAUGGAAUUUAAUUUUGGGAUACUGUUAAAAUAUCUAAUUGAAAUUCUAAAACAAAAUAAUUUAAUUUAAUAAUACAGUACGAAAUUGUAAUAUUUCCAUUCUAGAUCUUCAAUUUAACGGUACACGUAUCUAUGUUAAUUUUAAAAAUCUUUUAUAUUCAUUUUUAUUGAUGGAAGUAAAUUACCAGUAUUCAAUUAAUGUUUUACACACAAUUUUACAACGUUGAUAACUUUUAAUUAGGUAUUUUUUUAAACGUAUUUUUUAUUUUCAGACAUGCAGAACGAUAUGUGUUCCAUACGUGGAUGGCUACUACACAACUACAGCCAUUUGUAUAGGAAUUGGAGUCGUUUGGUACUUCGCUUUUAAAGACAUUUUAAAACAUUAUCAAUCGUUGAACCUUUCAAAUUGGAUCGUUUACUCAAAAAAAAAGAUUAAUAAUGCUGGAGAAAUAAAAGAUGUGCAUAUUCCAGCCUUAGGGUGAUUAUACAGAUGAUAAACUGCGUAUUAGAUCCAUUACAAACUACAAUAAUAUUGUGAUAUUAUCGUGUUCGUAGUACACAGCAAGAUGCACUUUAUAUUUGUACUUACAUAGACAUAUAUCAUUGUGUAUGCAACAUUAUUACGAU